AUGGUUACGAUUUUAAGUCAAAAUGGGGUUGAUGACGACGCUUUUGUCUCAGAUGGGCCAGUGCUCCCACUGCCGACUGAGAUGGAGCCAGAGGAAGGGUUUGCUCUUCAUGAAUGGUGGCAUCAAAAUGCCAUUCAGCUUGAAGAGAAUGAGAAGAGGGAGAAAGAAAUAGCAAAUCUCAUUCCUUAUGCACUCCCUAACAUUUCGAAGAAGAGAGGUCAGAAAGACCAGCAACACCAAAUUUAUGUGUUAUUUCAAAUAGAAUUUCGUGAGAGCCCCUUAAGAAGUUCAACACAAGUUCAAAGCCUCACAAAGGACAUUUUAAGAUUGAAAGUUGAUAAUCAACAGAUUCCUCUUUUAAGAGCAGAGAUUGAUGGCAUGCACCAGGAGCUUAUGCAUGCUACAAUUGUGCUUGAUUAUGAGAAGAAAGCAACAACUGAGUUGAUGGGACAGAGGCAGACUGUAACGCCAUGUCCCCGAAGGUCCGAGGAGUUAACUCAAAUUACAUGA